AUGCUUUCUUUUCUCAUGAAAACAGCAGAUGCAACUAAGCGUUUUGAUGAACUAAUGAGAGACACGGUUGAUGAUAACGAGAGCGAUGAGCUUGUUCACCGGAAGAUAAGACUGAUGAUGGGAUUCUCGACGACGGGGUGUGAUGGGAUUGACGACAAAGUAAUGAAACAAGGACAGACUCUUUGGGAUGAUUAUUCUGACGAUGAUAGCAUGACAGACCUCCGCAUCAUUAAGAGGAUAAUAUGGAAUUACCUGCAAGAUAAUACGGAAUUUCCUGCAAGUAAGAGUGUUAUAGAGGACGGUUUGAAGACAAGGAUCGAGUCAGGAGACAAUGAUCCAGCUUUAAGCGCCAGUGGCGCUGUUUUGAAGGAAAAGAUGGGCAAAUGUGGAGGCUGUGACGGAUCAGAGUUUGAUGUGGAUGCUGAUGGAUCAUUUCGUUUUUACAUUCUUGACGCUUACGAGGUGGAUUUAGGCGUAAUAUGUCUGUUUGGCAAGGUUAAAAUGGGAGAUGCUUACAAGAGUUGCUGUGUGGUAGUUAAGAGUUCCCUGAGAUGUGUUUAUGCUAUUCCAAAUGAUUCCAUAUUUCCACCUCAAGAAGUAAUCAUGCUUGAGCAAGAGGUGAAAGACUCUCGACUCUCUCCUGAUUCCUUCCGCGACAAGUUACAUUUUUUGGCCGUGUCUUCUCAGGAAAUGGCAUCAAAACUGAAGAACGAAGUUUCUCAUAAACUCUUCUUACUAUUUAAAGUCACAGAUAUUAGCAUGACGCCUGUCAAGAGAAACUUUGCUUUUGAGAGGCCUGAUGUGCCUGCUGGAGAACAAUAUGUAUUGAAGAUAAAAUAUCCAUUUGUGCAUCCUCCACUUCGAGAAGAUCUUAAAGGGGAGUCUUUUCGCGCUUUGCACGGGUGUAAUACAAGUGCUUUGGAGCUUUUUAUCCGUAAAAAGAAGAUCAUGGGACCUUGUUGGCUCAAAAUUUCAGACUUCUCUCCCUAUACGCCUUCUGAACGAGCGAGCUGGUGCAAGUUUGAGGUUACUGUUGAAUCUCCCGAGGCUAUCACUGUUUUAGACUCGGAGGAGGAAAUGGAUCAUCCUCCUAUUCUCGUUACAGCCAUAAAUUUAAAGACUAUGUUCAAUGAAAAACAGAACACCAGCGAAAUUGUUUCUGCUUCUGCUGUCUGCUUUCACAACGCCAAGAUUGAUGUUCCAAUGCCAGUUACAGAAAGAAAGAGAUGUGGUGUUGUGAGUCAUUUCACUGUUGUUAGGAAUCCUGAAGGAACCUGUUAUCCAACUGGUUGGCUAGAAGAAGUGGCUGACAGCCGCAGAGUUUUGUUUUCUCAAAAAAGUGAAAGGGAAUUGCUGAUCCAAUUGUUUAUAGAGUUGUUCAGAUUAGAAAGUGAUGUUUUUGUGGGACGUAAUAUAUCAGGUUUUGAUCUGGACGUCCUUGUUCAAAGAUCCCAUGCUUGCCAAGUUCCCAUUCUCAGUUGGUCCAAAAUUGGCCGUCGCAACGGCUUUUACAUGCCUGAGAUUGAAGGGAACAGUAGUUUUGGGGCAGGAGGGCUCAAGUCCUGCAUGGCCGGAAGACUCUUGUGUGAUACAAAUCUAUGUUCUCGUGACUUGUUGAACACGCAUCAGGUCAGUUAUUCGUUAACAGACUUUUCAAAGACACAUCUGAACCUGGACAGGAAAGAGAUAACGCCUAGUGACAUUCCCAAAAUGUUUCAGUCAUCCAAAACGCAUCUGGAACUUAUUGAAUGUGGUGAGAACGAUGCAUGGUUAUGCAUGAAACUCAUGUUUCAUCUAAGUGCUCUUCCUCUCACUCUCCAGCUUACUAACAUGAGUGGCAAUCUUUGGGGGAAAACUCUUCAGAUAUCGAGACCGGUUCCUCCUAUGCAAUCGUUCGACACUCCACCACUUACGGGUGCAACAGGAGCAGCCCUAGGAACAGGAGCUACCGACGCUGCGCAAGCGAUUGGAGGCUAUGGAGCUCUUGCUCGCGCGACUUCCAGGAGUAGCUCCUCCAAUCACCAAAAGUGCUCCUAA